AUGGCUGUCAACGGAGCGCCGCGUGUAAGGCGGACUGCCCAGAACACCCAGCACACAUAUAACCUCUCCCGCCGCACACAUACCGUCCAGACCUAUCCUGUUCAGUCUCCCCAGGGCGCUACUGUCAUCCUUUACGGCCACGAAGAUGGUGUUACCGUCCUGUGGAGAGGAGGCAAACGCUUCAAGGCUGCGUCCUGCGACCAAGGCGCACCCAAUACCAAUGGUAAACAGAAUGGCAAUCCAUCGGCCGACGCCGUCAUGAUCAUCGAUUCCGACGACGAGGACGCGUCAGCAGCCGGCAAGAACACAUCCGCAUUCGCCGACAAACCAGAGUUCGAUGAAUCCACCGAACAAGACGAGAACACUCACGCCGCGAUCACCCAGACCCUCGACUUGUCCCUUGGCGCCGCCGUCACUCACAUCGCCACCCUGCCCAUGACGCCAUGCACUGCCGAUGAUGCUGCAUGGGAAGGUACCCAAGUGCUCAAGGAGAAGAUCGUCUUCGCUGUUUCCUGCGUUAGCCGCGAGGUAUAUUUCGUCACAUUACCGCUUACGCCACCUUCACCUGAGAGCAAGGCCAGGGAUGAGUUACGGCAGAAUCUCCUUGCCGGCAAGGCUGGCAAUGGUAAAUGGGGCGAGACAUUGACCCUGCUCAAUGGACAACAGAAGCCAAGUGAUGGCUUAGCCAUAACACUCAUUAAACCACAAUCAGUUGCAGAGCGCAGCAAAUCCACAGAACGAUCCAGGUCAGCUGGUAGAGCUGCUCCGCGCGCUGUUGUAGCUGCCCACUCUAAUGAGGGCUCCGGUACAUUGCGUCUCUGGGAUGUGCCGCUGGAGAAACCUACCAAGGACCGUCCCAUAGAAGCCUUCCAGACCGAGUUCUUGCCAAGUCCGCUGUCCGGCAUCGCUUUCAACCCUACCCAUUCAACACAGCUGCUUUGCAAUGCAUCAUCACACGCCGUUCGUAUCUACGACUAUGCUCAGGCGUCCAUGCCCCCCGACGAUUUGUCCGAAGGGCCCUUCCCCUCUCAAGGCUCCUGGUUGAUAUCGUUAUAUCCACCCUUUGCGCGCCCUACCGCAUCCAGGAAACCCAUCAUUGCCGCUUCCUGGAUUUCCUACGGCAGGGCCGUUCUUGCCUUGUUGGCAGAUGGACAAUGGGGCAUUUGGGACAUCGACGGUGUCUCGCCUCAAGGACCGGCGCUUUUUGGCAAGCCGGGCUCCGGAAUCAAGGGUGCGGCUUUGACCUCCUUUAGCGCGACCGGCCACAUUGAGGGCACAAGUCCCCUCCGGAAUCUUGGUUCACAAAGAGCAUCUGGCGCUGGCAGUGACUUCGUCCCCAUGACUCCUCAUUCGCGGAGGGAAGCCCCCAUCAGUGCGCUGCAUGGCCCUGAGCGUUUAGCAGCAGUUCAAGGUGGCAUCUUGGUCACCCCACUCCCUGCCCGUGCAACGACGACGGCUGAUGAAAGCGUCGUCAUGUGGAUCGGAGGUGCAGAGCAUGUCGUGGUUAUUCCCGGAGUUCUCAAGUUUUGGGAGGCUCAACUACGGAAAGGGGUUGGCGGCGGAGUCAACCUCUUCAGUGGAGCCCAGCCUACCAGGAUGGUCAAGUUGAACGAUCUUGUUGUCGGCCUGAUGGGCGAGCGCUGCGUCGGCGUCGGCGCUAUCCCCAAGCUGGAUGAAGAUGACAACUCAAACAAUGAGGGCCUCCCUAUCGAGGUUAUUAUAUGUGGUGAGAGCAGGCUUGUCGUGGUACGGGAGAGUGAGGGCGUCGUCGGCACCCGCAUUGGUGGCGUGAAGGGCAGCUUUCAGAAGAGACUCAGCCAAGCCGCAAGGUCCAGUGGUGCCGUCACUGUUUUCCCACAGCCGGCACUUCCUCCCAGCAAGGAGUUCAACUUGUCAGUCAGGAAACGAGGAACUCUUGGGAGGCCGCCCACCCAGACGGAGAAGCCAACCGAGCUGGUUCUACCUUCCACCGAGACGAACGAAGCUGGCGCCGUACCGUUUUUAGGUUUUGAUUUCGGCAAGAGCCUCAACGCCGCAGCCGACGUCAUGGAGGUUGACGAUGUGGAGGAACGAGAUUUCGAACAAGAACUGGAAACCGACAUGCUAGGUCUCAUGGAUAUUGAGCAGACUCUCAACGCCAUGGAAGAUGACAGAGGAAGAGGCCGCAAGAAGGUCAACUUCGAUACUUAG